UUUGUUUGAUGUGCUUAAUGUCAAAAUUAGUUUUAGGUUAGAUCAACCUAAAUAAGAAAUUAGUUUUUAAAUAAGAAGUUAUAACUGUUAAGCUGUUACAAAUCGAAUAAGUUUUAACAAUGUCUGAGCGUAAAGUGUUGAACAAAUAUUAUCCACCAGAUUUUGAUCCAUCGAAAAUUCCACGCAUGAAAUUGCCAAAAAAUCGACAAUACACAGUUCGUCUUAUGGCUCCCUUUAAUAUGCGAUGUGCCACUUGUGGAGAAUAUAUUUACAAAGGAAAAAAGUUCAAUGCCAGGAAAGAAGAUGUGGAAAACCAAGAUUACUUAGGAAUUAGAAUAUACAGAUUUUAUAUUAAAUGUACUAGAUGUUUACAAGAAAUUUCAUUCAAAACAGAUCCAAAAAAUACAGAUUAUGAAAUCGAAGCAGGUGCAACAAGAAAUUUUAUGGCAUUAAAGUUGGCAGAAGAGCAAGCAUUGAGAGAAGAAGAGGAAGCAAAGGAGGAAGAAGCCAGCAAUCCAAUGAAACUUUUAGAAAACAGAACUAAGCAGUCUAAAAAUGAAAUUGAAUUAUUAGAGUCUUUAGAAGAGUUGAAAGAUUUGAAUAGAAGGCAACAAGUCGUUGAUUAUGAUACUAUGCUCUUAGCAUAUGAUACCACAAUAAGUGAGAGAGAACGGGAAGAACGUUUACAACAGUUAGAUGAAGAAUAUAUAAAGACAGUGAAAUUCUCUAAUUCUAAAAGGAAAUUAGUUGUAGAAGAAGAAAUUAUUGAAGAUGAUCAAUUAGUAACAAAAGUGUCUAAAACCAUUGAAAAUGAGAAGGAAAGAACCAAUUCAAGUAUUUCAUGCACUUGGGCCAAAAAUGGAUCAAAUGCCAGUUCUUUGGUGAAGAAAAAAUCAUUAAUGGGCUUAAUUAAAAUUGGCAAAAAUGGAGAAGCUGUACAAGAGUCAAAACUUGAAAAAGAUUAUAAGCAAAAAUCUACAAAAGACUCUAUUGGAGGUGGACUUUCUUUGCUAUCCACUUAUUCUGACAGUGAAAAUAGUGAUGAUGUUGAUGUUUAACUAUCAAAAUAAGAACAAUAUUGAAUUACAAGAAUGUGUAGAAAACUAGUACUAAUUUCACUCACCAUUAUAUUUAACAUCAAAAAUUAUUGUAAAAAGUGAUCAAAACUAGAAACUGAGUUCAAAUAUACAAUUUACUCCAUUUAUAUUGAAAAAAAUAAUGUAUUAUUUUUUAUUCCCAAUAAUCCACACAGAUCAACAUUCAAUGUGUACAAAUUAGUGAAAUAUAACAAAACUUAUUUUCAUUGUAGUUAUUAAAAAUUUCC